UGAAUGUGGCGUCUCCCCUGCUGUGAUCCCUAGAUAAAACCACGGAUGCGUCUAUCAAUGUGAUCACAGAAAGCUGCGGGAAGAACCGAAGUUUGCAUCGCAUAAGUCGGUAUGGCGUUAAGGACAGAGAGAGCCAAGGUGCCGAGUCGCAUACAUUAACAAACAGUGGGUAGGAAGGAAAAACUGAAGGUAAGUGAAUCAGAGAUGGAGAAACAACGAGAGAGAAUUGAGGGAGAGAAGAUAUGCCGGAGAUACAAGCAGAGCUUCACAUCCUCGUCCAAUAACUCCGCCGCCUGCCGCUUCCACCCUUCCUUCUUUGUCUGCCGCCGCCACGACGAUCAGAAAAGGAGGGGUCGAGUAGGUUUCGGUGGCGGCGGCGGGUUGUGUGGGGAAUGGGACGAGGGCAAAGGUGAGCGGGUCGUGGAAGAUGGAUGGGGUGGGCUGAGGGAGGAGGAUGCAUUGGGCUGGGGAGGGGGAGGGGGCCUGGUUGAUGGAGGAGGAGUUGCAUCUGGUGGGUGGGCCGAAGAUGAAGUGGGCUUGGUGGGUUGCCGGUGUGACUACGGGUUCGCAUAUGAUAGGAGGGCGGUGGGUGAGUUUGGGAAAGAGAGGGUGGGCGACGAGGCUGAGAGUCAGUGGUCGGGGAGAGACGGGAAGGGGGAGGGCAAAGGUGAGCGGGUCGUGGAAGAUGGAUGGGGUGGGCUGAGGGAGGAGGAUGCAUUGGGCUGGGGAGGGGGAGGGGGCCUGGUUGAUGGAGGAGGAGUUGCAUCUGGUGGGUACUAUGAGCUGGGGCCAAAUGAUCCACCAUAUGCAGCUAAAUUCUACGACUGCUGCGGAGCAGAGCAACCUGACGCGCCUGGCUGUUCGACCGCUUUCCAUCUCUCUUACGACGAUGAUUGAACAUUAAUGAUGCCACUCACAGUCUACUAUCCAUCAUGAUCCCGACAACUUUUCAAACCCUGCUGCAAUUAGUAUUAUGUGUAAUGUAAGGAUUGAGUGAUGUUUACUCGUUUCGUGGAAUCUAUAACUGACUCAAGUUUGUUUGCUGCUAUUUGUGUAUUUACUUAGUUCCUUGGUAAAAGCUAGUUAUAGUUCAGGGCACAACAAGAAGCCCCGCUACUAAACUUGCGAGACCUAAGACGAUAUAUAAACGGG